GCUCACCUCAAAACGACGAUAAGUUUUUUGACUAGUCAUGAGCUCGUCUUUGUUAGCUUACAGCUACUCCGCAUCCAGAAUGUCGGGAGCGAUACCCCGACCCCACAAUUUUGCUCCAAGGCGAUCUCCUCCCCGAACUCAAUUAAGUCCGCUCUGUAUCUAGCAUUCGGCUCUCAUCACAAGUGCGUAUAUCUAAUAUAAAACAUCCUUCGUCAUACUGAGCAUGCUCAACCCAAAAACGACUCUCAAUUAAGAAAUCCACUUUCUCCCAUCUCAGAUAUGUCCACACUAGUCAACUACCCCUGUGCCCUACCAACAACCCCAAUACCAACCACCAUCAACUCACUCUCCAUCGCCCAACAACUCACACCCAAACUACCUCACCUCACCCCACAAGACUUCGCCCAAGACGCCCUAUGGCGCGACAUCUUCGCCCUAACCGGCACCCUCCGCACCUUCCACUCCGCUACCUCCGUAUCAGCAGCCUGGACCGAGACAUCUCUCCGAGCAAAAGUGCAUUCAUUUACACUAGAACCGGGUUCUGUGCGCGUAGUCCGCUUACCGCAGGGCUCAGCUUGGAUUGAAGCUCGAUUCUCGUUUGAGACGGGGGCUACGCCGGCGACGUUUUGUACUGCUAUUGUUUCCUUGGUGCCAGACCAGGAUGGAGAGUGGAGGAUUUGGGUGUUGAGGACGGUCUUGGAGCAAUUGAAGGGUCAGCCAGAUGUGGAUGUUUUGCAGCCUGUGACGGAGUUGAAGAAUGGUUAUGUGAAUGGGGAGGGUGAAAAGGGGCAUUUUGAUUGUGUUGUUAUUGGGGGAGGGUUGGCGGGACUUAGUACGGGUGGGAGGUUGAAGGCUCUUGGGGUGUCUUAUGUUGUGUUGGAUAAAAAUAGGAAUGUGGGUGAUAAUUGGAAAUUGAGGUAUGGCUCGGCAAGAUUGCAUACGAAUAGAGAAUAUGGUCAUCUACCUUUUGAGCGAACAUUCGGUCCGGAGUACGAAGAAUAUCUCUCAAAAGACGAUCUGGCCAAGGGUUAUGCAGCAUGGGUAAAGAAAUUCGAAAUCAACAUCUGGUUAGGAACAAUCGUUGAAUCUGGAACUUGGGAUUCAUCCAAACAUCUCUGGACUUUGAGGCUCAGACAAGACGACGAAAAUGAUCGCCUCAUCACUGCUUCAUUUAUGGUGCUAGCAGGUGGAGCUGGAGGACAAGUUCCUGUCUCACCACCGCCGUAUCAAGAUAGAGACGUUUUCGAAGGCACCACAUUGCAUUCAGCAGAGUACACUACUCCAGCACAAUGGAAGGGAAAGCACGGAGUGGUUGUUGGAACAGCAAAUACAGCACACGAUGUAGCAGACGAUAUGCUCCAAGCCGGACUCGCGUCCGUGACAAUGAUCCAAAGAUCAAAAACCUACAUCCUCCCAGCCGAAUACUACAAAAAGGUCUCGUCCCUAAGCUACAACGCCACAAACCCAACCGAAGUAGCCGAUCGAGGAUCCCUCACCACCCCCUUCGGAGUCGCGGACCUCAUGAGCCAAGCCGUACUCCACGACAUGGCGAGCAAAGAAUCAGAGCGCUUCGAUUCCCUCGAACGAGCUGGGUUCAAGACCGAGCGGUACGGGAAUAUACAGGAGCAUAUUCUUGUACGGCUUGGGGGUCAUUAUAUGGAUGUUGGGGCUUCGAAGAAGAUUGCUGCUGGUUUGAUCAAAGUCAAAUCCGACACUCUUCCUGUCCGCUACGUGAAAGAUGGUCUGAUAUUCAGUGAUGGGACGCAUCUCAAAGCGGACGUAAUAGUCUUUGCGACUGGCUUCGUGGGAAAUAUGAGAGAGCAAGUUGAGCAGCUCUUUGGUUCUGAGAUCGGGGACCAGGUUGGAGACUUCUGGACCUUGGACAAGGAAGGAGAGCUGAAAGCUGCGUUCAAACCUACUGGUCACCCCGCAAUUUGGCUUCACGGAGGCACGAUUGGGCAAGGGAGAUAUUACUCGAGGUUCAUUGCUUUACAGAUCAAAGCAAAGCUCUUGGGGACACCAUUACCAUUGUACGAGAAAACGCCAUAGACAAAAAUUCACUAGCCGCGAAAUAAUUCUCUCCAUAGUAGCUAGGCAUAGCAUAGUAGUUGCCGGAUCCCGGAUAUACCGUCAAAAAUUCAAGCUUAAAC